UUUAACCAUAGUGCUCUCGAUUUCAUCAACAAACAAAAAACAUUUCUGUUAAUAAUAAACCCAAAUGUCUAGUUAGGUUGUAAAGGGUCAACGUUGUCCUUGGUGAGGAUACUGUCUCGUAAAUAUCCUUGGUCCCGUUACAUAUAUUAUGACAGCCGCUAGCAUGCUACUAUUAGCUAGCUGCUUAACACUGUCGUCUGGAUGCGUUGGCUGACAUAGUUACAUCUCACUGGUUAGAUGUCAUAUUUUGUUACCCAUAUUAUUAUUAUUAUUAUCAUUUUUGAAUAACUUAUUGAACGCAGAUGGCUACCUAGCGAUAGCUAAACUUUAGGCCGGGGAGGAAGACCCGUGUUGACACAUCCUCUUUGGCUUCCUACCUAGGCGGUGGAGGAGUUCCUGAGUGAGGUGCGUAGCAGGGAACAUCCCCACAGUGCUGCUCUGGUCUCUCAGCCGACCGCCGUCAAGUUCCUCAUGGCGCGCAAGUUUGAUGUCUCCCGAGCAAUAGACCUCUUCCAGGCAUACAAGAACACGAGGAUUAAGGAGGGCAUCUUCAACAUUAACCCAGAAGAGGAACCUCUCCGUUCUGAACUGCUCAGCGGAAAGUUCACUGUCCUGCCUGGUCGUGAUGCUAAGGGUGCUGCUCUGGCUCUGUUCACCGCUCGUCUCCACCGCUCUGACGUCACUACCCAUAGGGCUGUGCUGCAGGCCAUCAUCUUUCAGCUGGACAAAGCCAUCGAGAGUGUUGACACCCAGAGAGAUGGUUUAAUAUUCAUCUAUGACAUGACCAACUCCAGCUAUGGGAACUUUGACUAUGAGCUCUGUGUCAAGAUCCUCGACCUCCUCAAGGGUGCGUUCCCAGCUCGUCUGAAGUGUGUGUUCAUCGUGUCGUCUCCUCUCUGGUUCAGAGCUCCCUUCGCCGUCCUCAGACUCUUCGUACGUGAGAAGCUGAGAGAGAGGGUGUGUACAGUGAAGGCCCACGAGCUGUCCAGUUACAUCCCAGUCUCUUCUCUUCCGGAACACCUGAACGGAACCUCCCGGUACAGCCACGUUGCCUGGAUACAGUCCUGCGUCAACACACACACCGCCCCAGGCGACGUGAGCACACACCCGCACGACACACACGACUGCGUGGGCAGCCUGUUGCUCUCGUACAGCCUGGAGCCUCACAACGCUAACGCCGCCGCUACGUUAGCCGCUACGCAAACCUCCAUAGACUCCCACUCAGAUUCGCCGCUGCUGUUAGCCUCCGAGCUAGCGUUAGCGGCUACGGCUAACUCCAACUGCUACGACGACAGUAAUGCUAACCCGCACGUCCACUGUGACACAGUGAACGGCAGGACUCGAGGCCGGGCCCAGAACAGCCCCCAGAGCUCUGGACUACAGAGGAAUCACCAACAUUGGAACGGUUCUGCCCGUAACUACGGGGUCAAGGCAGGGUUGGGGGUUAAUAACGUUGUUGGGGUUGUUAGCGGCGCUAGCCCCAAUGCUAACAGCGCGAAUGGUCGCCAGCCCCCUCCCCAGUCGGACACGCCCCCGGACACACCCCUCCACCACAAAGUAGUAGGAAUUACAAUGAGUGGCGGGUCAGAAACCCUCGACGACGGAACAGCGAACGAGGAAGAGCGGGAAGGAGAGGAGGAAGAGGAUGAGGUAGAUGGGGUGCCUCCUCUCCCUCAGAAGUCUCUCCCACGCCACCCUCAACCCCCGCCGUCACUCUGCGGCGCGUCACAGCCGGACGAGGACCCUUGUCCCCAGGAAGAGGUGUCCGUACACAUGCCUGACGGGGUAGGGAUGAACGUGUUGGAGCUGGUGGAGCACGUGAAGAAGAGGAAGAAGAAAGGAAUCUACCAGGAGUAUGAAGAGAUACGCAAGGAGCCUCCUACUGGUAGCUUUGACUACAGCAAAAAGCUGUCCAAUCAGAUCAAGAACAGGUACAGUGAUGUCCUCUGUCUGGACCAAUCACGUGUCAGACUCUGCCAGCUCUGUGAUGAUGAGGACGAGACGUCAGACUACAUCAAUGCUAGUCUUAUGGACGGCUACAAGAGGAGCAACGCUUAUAUCGCAACUCAGGGUCCUCUGCCGAAGACAUUUGGUGAUUUCUGGCGCAUGGUGUGGGAGCAGAUGGUGCUGAUAGUUGUCAUGACUACCAGGGUGGUAGAGCGUGGGAGAGUAAAGUGUGGUCAGUACUGGCCGAAAGAGGAGGGGACAACGGAGCAGCAUGGACACUUCCUGGUUAGGAACACAUCCAUCCAGCUGUAUCAGGACUUCAGACUGUCUCACCUGGAACUAUACAACAGCCAGACAGGUGAGAGGAGGGAGGUCUCCCACUACCUGUAUGUCAGCUGGCCAGACUUCGGUGUGCCCAAGUGUGCGUUGGCCAUGUUGGAUUUCCGUGAGCACGUGCAGCAGCGGCAGGAGGCGGCGCUGAGGAGUCUGGGAGCUGAGUGGGUGGGACCCCCAGGUGGGCCACCGCUGGUCGUACACUGCAGCGCAGGUAUCGGACGCACAGGUACGUUCUGUACCCUGGACAUCUGUCUGUCCAGGCUGGAGGACAUUGGGACGGUGGAUGUGUGUGAGACAGUGAGGAGGAUGAGGACCCAGAGAGCCUUCAGUAUACAGACCUGGGACCAGUAUUACUUCUGCUACACGGCCGUCAUCGAGUACGCACAGCGACGCGGCAAACUGACCCCGGUACAGUGGUCCGAUUCAGACCUAGAGACAGACAGCGAGUGACGGGAAUGGGAUGGGUGGAGGAUGGAAUGAACGCAGGCUGAGAGAGGGAGGGAAACAGGAUAUGUCCCAGGAAGAGGAAGAGGGUGGAGGAUGGAAACAGGAUGUGUCCCAGGAAGAGGGUGGAGGAUGGAAACAGGAUGUGUCCCAGGAAGAGGAAGAG